UUGGAACAAAUUACGAGCGCAGAUUUUAUGUCUCGUUUCUGCGGAAACCUUGGUCUGUCGCAUUCAAUUCAAGCGGCAGCCACACGAAUCGCUAAAAAGGCUGUUGAGCUGGAUCUAGUUGCCGGUCGGAGUCCAAUUUCGAUCGCUGCAGCCGCGAUCUAUAUGGCAUCGCAGGCAUCGAACGAUAAGAAAACAGCAAAAGAAAUUGGUGAGAUAGCUGGAGCGGCUGAGGUGACCGUCAAGCAGACCUACAGGCUGCUUUUUCCACGAGCCAAGGAACUCUUCCCGGAAGACUUCAAAUUCGCGAGCAGUGGCAUUGAUUCGCUACCAUUUUCGUGA